GAAAUUUUUCUUAUGCUAAUAACGUAUUAAGAAUGUUUUACAUACUCGAAGGCGGUGUGGGAUAUUCGUUUCAAAUGCCUAUGUGCGAUGAAUGUUGGUGAGGAAAUACCAGCUAGGUGUCUUGGUGAAACAGGAGCUCUCAGCUUCAAGAAACCUACGGAACAAGAUUUUAGAGAUACACAGGAACUAGAGGCUAGCCUUGCUCAACUUAAUAUUUUUGAAACUCAAGAGGAGAUAUCACAGAGACGUGAAGCUCUCGUUAGGUUGCAGGAAAUUUCAAAUGCAUGGAUUCGUCAAAAAGCACUGGAACAAAAUCUCCCCGCACAUGUUGCUAAUUCUACAACUGGGAAAAUUUUCACUUUCGGUUCAUAUCGUUUAGGUGUCAAUUUCAGGGGUGCUGAUAUUGAUUCUUUACUGGUCGUCCCACGGUUUAUAACACGCGAGGAGUUUUUCAGUGAUUUUCAGACUGUAUUAGCGGAAAAUUCUAAUGUGGAAGACUUACACGCUGUUGUGGAUGCCUUUGUUCCUGUACUUAAAAUGAAAUUUAUGGGAGUUGAAAUCGACCUUUUAUUUGCUCAAAUUGAUCAAAUGUCUAUACCGGAAAACUUCAGUCUUUGUGAAAACACAGAGGUGCUCAUGAGAAAUAUGGAUGAACGAGAUGUGCGCAGUAUUAAUGGUGUUCGUGUCACAGAGGACAUUCUCAAUCUUGUGUACAAUAAAAAUUCUUUUAAAGUAGCCCUAAAGGUUAUACGAAUCUGGGCUAAGCGUCGGAAUGUCUAUUCAAAUGCAUUGGGGUUCCUCGGUGGCGUGUCUUGGGCAAUUUUAGUUUCUCGAAUUUGCCAACUUUAUCCGUACGCUACGCCAUCCAUGAUCGUCUAUCUAUUUUUUACCAUAUUCAGUCAAUGGCCUUGGCCGAAACCUGUUAGGUUGCGGGAGUGUGAGUAUAUUGCAAGUUUGUGCUUACCUGUCUGGGAUCCGAGACUUAAUCCUUCUGAUCAAUAUCACUUGAUGCCUAUAUUGACUCCAAGUUACCCAUCCCAAAAUUCAACGUACAAUGUACAGCGAAGUAAUCGCAUUAUUAUUGAAAGGGAAUUAAAACAAGGUUUGAAUGUUGUCAGGGCUUCAAUGAUGCACAAGGGUUCCUGGUCAAACCUAUUUGAAGCAGCCUUUUUCUUCCAAUAUCGUCACUAUGUUGUUGUCAUCGUUGUUGGAAAUACUAAACAUACUUUCAUCGAAUUAUGUGGUUUGGUGGAAUCCAGAUUACGUGUUCUUGUUAGCAAUUUCGAGGUAAACCGUUAUGUCAAAAUGGCACAUGUAAACUGUCAUGCCUACGGAAAAGGUCCUAAUGAUGAUGAUGCUAAUUUUGUUCGUAAAUGGUUCAUUGGGAUGGAAUUCGAUCGCAAUACUAAUUCUUUGACCAGUACUGUUCAUAAUUCAAAUGUCUCUAGUGAUAAGGCUACCCUGAACGUAGACCUAAGUGAGAAUAUCAGCUCUUUUGAAAAAUCAAUUGAACGUGGUCUUUCAAGUGAAGACUUAUCAGUAACCGUUAAAUAUGUCAAAAAGUCACAAUUAGCUCAGUUCAUUUCUGCAGAAGAUAUGGAUGAAAUUAAACGUCAAGCUGCUUCUGCCGCUUUAUCAAAUGUAAAUAAUCCUACUGAAAGUCUGAAAAGUGGCCGUUUACUUCCGAACAGCAACACAUUGAAUUCAAUAUCCAGUCCAGCUAGCAGUAUUGAACUCUCUGGAUCUGAGGAAUUUUCGUCCCCUGCAAAUAGUCUUCAUAAUUCCAUUUCUACAAGUUCUCUGACCAACAUGGCUACCAUAAACUCAUCACCAAAAUGUCCUCCUCCAUCUCCGAAAUUAAUAUCCUCUGGGGAUCCCAUGAAGGAUACACAUUUAUUGUCUUCAGAUCAUUCCUUGUGCAAUAAUACACUCAAUACAGUCGAUUCUACUGGUAAACUUACACCAAAACGUGUUGGAUUGGUUGAUUCCAGUCUUGAACUUUCCUCCGAUAGUCAUCCAAAUUCUAGGAGUAAUGCUGACUCACAAUUGCAUGGUUCGGAAGAUUUUAGGAAGCGUGCCCGUAUAUCUUCGGAAAAUUCACGAGCUGUUGUUUUUACUUCAUCUGCCCAGUAACCAUUACGACAAAAAACUACUGCUUCUUGUUCUCAGAAAAACAAGCAAACUUUCACUAGUCCCUUGUAAUUAUUUAUUUCUGUUUUCCAGUGUCGAUGGUCUAUAUAUAUAUAUAUAUACAGACAUAAUUGAUGUAUUAAUUUCAGUUGUUUGAUGUUCAAAUCUGUUGGAUUGCCUUAGUUGACUUUUUGGUUAGUAAUACCUACCAUAAUCACCAUUCUCACUUGUGUGCAUUUAAACUGACGUUUGUUUCAUAUUUGCAAGUUUGUAUUCAUUCGUUGGUCUGUUGUUAUUUUCGGUAAGUUUAAAAACAUUUUUGACGUUUAUUAAUCUUAAUCGUAAUGCUUAUUACUGUUUAUUCAAUUACAUAAAUAGUCGAACGUUUACAAAUAAUAUUAUGAGUAAUUAGUGUAAUUUAAUUAGUUGAUGAACGGUCUUAUCGUUUUAUCUGUAUUGAAAGUUAACGUAAUUGCCUCACUUUCAUUACGCCACUACGAAGUAUUAUUUGUCGCGUUGCUGAAUUUUACGAAUAUUCAGUCUGUCAGUCUUGCCUAGUAUAGUUUUUUCUUAGUUGGCUGAUAAUUUUUGCUUACUGAAAGUUCACUAAGUAACCUCCCUCACACAAAGAAUUCUUGUCUUGUCAAUCCACAUUGUAUUGCGUUUAAUUUGUUACUUUGUGUUCGAGUUUUGGUGUAUAUUACUUACAAUGAUUUCAGAUUAACGGUUUUUACCUGUUUUUGCGUGGGGGAGAAAACACGAAGUCUCAGUCACUACCACCGUUUUCAUCAUUUUCCUUGAACUGAAAGUUCUUCACAAAUGUGCAAAUGUUUCCUUAUAACAAGUAUAGGCAAGUUUCGUCGUUUUAUCGUGUAUUUAUUUGUUAAAAUAUGUAUGAAUGAAAAAGUAUCCAGUACUUUUUCAUGAGUUUUGUCUUUUUAUCAUUACAUGUAUUGCAAAUGUUAACUUGUUAUAUUUCAAGUUCACUAACUUUACUUAUGGCCUUCUGAAAUCUAAUGUUUGAAUUUAAAUAUUAUUCAGUAAGCGUGUACAGAUUUAUCUUUGUUUACGCCUUGAUCUGUAGAUUAUGGCGCGUUUUCUGGUUAUCCAUACAGAGUACAUAUUGAAGUCAGCCUAUUUGGAAGGACUACUUACCAAUGAGGUUCAUCAAUGAGCACAUUUUGUCACAGACUGGUAUAAGUCAGAAAUGUAAAUUAUUGGACUCCCAUUUUUUAUUUUAAAGGUAUCAUGGUUACUUCGAAACCUGAAUGUCCUUCUUCGGGAGUUUUAAGUGCCCGUUACUGAAGCAUUUCAGAAUAAGACCACUGUCUAUUUUCCAUGGUCUUCACUGGUUCUCCAGCUAAUAUCCGGUUGUAAUGGAAACGGUUUUCAUAUUAAUAAUCCGUGUUUAUAGCUCCUUUGAAGAUACAUUAAUUCAAAUAGUUCUGUUGAUCGAGUAAAUUUGGGGAUCUGUCGUACUGAGGUUUGCCAAGUGAAGCUUUAUAGAAAUCUUGUUACAAUGUGAUACGAACCAACAACUUUCAUUUUAUCAGCAGAAGUAACCUAUUUUGAGAACUCAGGAUUCUCUUAACUCAGUACAUCAGGUGGUUGAAUAUUUUUAAAUCUUAAAAGUUGUUAGUGAAAUUCUCUGAUCAUUUCACAUACACGUAAGUUUGAUGAGUUUUAUCACAUGAAUUCUGGAGCAUAAAAUGAUAAUUUUAUAUUCGAGUAGAAACACAAAAAACAAAUCCCUUAAAUUUACGUAUGAUUAUGUACGUGCUACGAUUUUUGUAGCUUCCUGAUCUACAUAACUCCGUUAAAGUAACUUACUAAAUCUGACGAAAAAUAUGAAAAUGCAAAGUUUACUAGAAAAUUUAAGUGUUUGAAUACGUUGUUGGCAUUAUUACAUUUAAGUUAUCAUAUCCAUUUAUCUACAUCUUUAAAGAAAGUUGAAUAAUAAUACUCAAAAGAGAAAAGUGCUCACAAGAAGUUUUCAAUCCUAUAACUUCAAAUCAAGGAAAUUUCUAGUUUAUGUUACUUAGUUAAACGAAAAGCAUUUCAGAAAUGGUUAGUUCAAUUCAAACAACACCGGAGACAAAAUCAAAUGUUGUGGAUUAGAUGUGCUUGUUUAUAAAUGAAGCAUUUUGUCACAUUUUGUGAAGUGAAUAUGAUAGGUUGAUCAUAUUCCAAAUUUACAUAGGCUAUAUAACAUAAUCCUCAAUAUUCACUCAUUUUUAAGAUGUACAGUGACCUGUCAAUUUUAAAACGGUAUUAGCAACUCCUUUUUCAACCAGUAGGUUACAAAUACAAACCCAACUUCUUUUACCUUGGUUUAAAUUCCGGAUUGCACCACUAACUGUCAAAGAUGGUAUGACUCGGUCAGAUGCAAAAAUUUCCGCUCGGUAAAUGUGUUUUAUUUAUAAAUCUGAACAAUUUUCAAAAUUUGUGCAAAAGACUAAAUCGCUUCUUAGCUUAAUGAAGAAAUUAAUGGCUUGUUUAAGUCUAGACACUUUUUAGUUACGAUUGUUUUGUAAAAUAACGUAUUUCCGUUUACUAGAGUUUAGCUAAUUGAAUUCACUUAAUUUUUUUAAACUAAAAUAAUGUGACUUUCUAUUUGGUUUCAGGUUGAAAUGCCGACGACUGUCAUUGUAGCAAGUUCGCAUCCAAUAAUCUCUGAGUAUUCUAUAUGGAUACGUGGUUGUUAAAGUUUGUGUUCUGGUGUCUGCAUACGUGUGUUUGAACGUUGUGUGUGUGCGUGCGUGUGUGUGUGUAUGCUCAACUAUAGUCUGCGAAAAAUUGUAUGUUUGCACAUUUGAUUGUUCUUCGUCUGUUUUUUCUGCUUCUUUAAUUAUUUAGUUCCUUAUAUGCUGUUGUUCUGACAUUUGGCAGUCGUCAUGUCUGAGUUCUUUUAUUCCUUAUUUGUAAACAUUUUUGUCGUCUUCUGUCUUUUUUUGUUUGUUCGUUUUGCAAGUUUUUGUAUGUAGUUCUCUAAAUAUUAGAUAAAUUUCUUUAUUAUUUUGGCUUUUGUCCUUUUGUGGAAAUAUUUCACUUUCAAAGAAGCAAUUGUUGUUCAUACCGUCAAUUAAAACUUAGUUAUAAGUUGUUGAAAUGGCUACUAAUCGUAGCCUUACAAUUCCGGAUCCGUAAAUGAUAUUACUUACAUUUUUUCAAGCUCCUCAGAUUAGUUAUCUAAUUCCUUAAAAAAAAUUCCCAUCAUAUUAAUACGCAAAUGGAAAAUUGUUUUUAAAUAGACUUCUCAGAUGACAUUUUACUGUCAAAUCGAUAGUCCAAAAAAAUGAGCAAAUUAAAGAUUUAUACAUAAUUUUAGAAUUAAAUUAUUUGAAUUUAAGAUUGUUUAUAUAAAGUAAAAUUAUUA